GCGUGCCAUUUUGCAGCCUGACAGAGGAGGCCUUCGUGUCAUGCCAGGAGGCCCCACUCGCGACACUGGUGGCCGCCAUGCUUCUGAGCUGGCCCAACCUGAGGCCUGAUUCCGGCUCCUCCAGCUCCGGCUUUGCCAAGAUGUUUCUGGAAAUGGAGCAGUUCACGCAGGCAGGCCUGCGGGUGGCAUCAAUGCCACAGUCGCUGGUGCCUGAAGAUAACCUGCAUCGCUUGCAUGCCUUCUGCGUGAAGAGUGAUGAGGAUGACGGGGCAAGGCUGCGGAACGCAGUCGAGGCCGUAAAGUUGCAGCAGCGCCUACAUGUCUCCCUGAAGAGGCGACUGCAGAGCUUUCUGAGCGAGGUCAUGAUGAGAAGGGUGCACGCAAGACUGACAGUCAAGGGUACAGGUGGCGGUCAAGUCAUGAUUGCCCUUCAAGAGCUGGUCCGCGACGAGGAUUGGAUCCUCCUUACCGAAACCGAGCAUGCGGCAACGAGAUCUUCGCGAGUGCGCAGUGUCGUGAGGGAAAACUUAGUCCUCAUCGCGAACAUCAUGCAGUUCUUUUCCAUCCGUGGGCACAGAGGCAACUGCCAGGUGUGCUGGAGUGGCAUUGCAAAACUGUACCGGGAGGCGAGGAUGUACUGUCCCUGUCUCUUUCUAUCUUUGCAAGCUGCCCAAGAGAUCUUCCGAGAGGUGCUCCGUGCAGAGCCCGAGGCAGACUCCCAGAUCUUGGAUCCAGACGAGUCUUCGCCACUUCCCUUCUUGCCUGAGCUGUCACGCAUGGAUGGGCGUGGCCAGGGCCAGCCCACCAAGGACCUCAGCUGGCUUCAGUUGGGCCUCGGCGCGUCGGGCUUCAUCCGCUUCUUGUUGCGAGUCUGUGUGCACCGGGAG